UUGCUGCUUUUGCGGUUCACAAAAUUGGUUUCGUUCCACGUCCUCUUCAAUGUCGCAAACCAUUACAUUUAGCUAUUUACCACUGAAAUAAAGGUGUGGAAAAUACAAUUUAGGUGGCUCUAAGCUCCCUGCCAUGUCUUUGGAGAAGACCUCCGACCUGGCCAAUGAGAACACAUGCUUGCCAUCCUCGCUGACCCUUGACCUCCGCUACCCACAUAGUGUUCAGUUUGAUUCUGACCUGAGCAAGAAGGCCAAAGGCACCACCACCUCCUCCACCAAGAAGCGCCACAACUAUGCCACAUCCACACCUUUGGACCUGCUGAAUGGCACCAUGGGUAGCAAUUGCAUCGAUGAGGAAGAGUCCAGUCAACAGAGAGAGGAGGAGAGGGUCCGGAACCAGGAGAACGAGCAGGGACAGCACUGCACUGGGACCAAUGCCAAGUGGCUCAAGGAGGGUCAGAAUCAACUUCGCAAAGUGGCAGAGAGGCAGCAGGACCAGAAUAUAAAUUCUGACCAGGAUUUGAAUCACAACGAGAGCCCAGAUGGAAACCCCAACCAUAACUCUUUAGUGAUGGACCAGCAGGAGGAAGACAGUGAGCAGAACCCGUCUUCUAAGACCCUGAGGUCCCUCUGCUCUGACCUGAAUGAGCCUCUGCUGAUCGACACCUCAGAGACCCCUCAUGGGAAGGAGGAAGAAGAGAAAGAGGACGGGGAUGAGGAAGAGUCUCCACUACUUCCAACAGGUGGAGAGAGGGACACAGACUCGUCUGAGGCGCAGAGUAGCAGUGAGUCUCAGAGAUAUGACAGUGGAGAAGUGAAGGACACAUGCCUGCUGUUUCGGGGCAGAAACGCAGCACCCAGUGAUGAGGACUCCAGUUGCAUGUCACUGUCUCAGGGCAGCACAGCCAACAGCACGCCAGACAGUGACCCAGAGUCUUACUGGGACCGCAGUGCGUUUGAGACGGACACAGACCUGCCUGCAGGGUGGAUGCGGGUCAGAGACGAGUCGGGUACCUACUACUGGCACAUCCCAACAGGCACCACACAGUGGGAGCCCCCCUCUCCCCUAGAGGAGGGAGAAGCCCCAGAAAGACCCUCCAGUACCUCCCCUGCCAUCACACCCAACGCGGAGCCAACGUUGAUGUGGAAUAGUCUCAACCAGUCCCGCCCCAACAGAUUUAAUGACGAGGACUUCUGGAAGGAGGAAGAUGCCAUGGCUGAUCAGACCCUAAAGGAUUUUGAAGGAGCCACAUUGCGUUAUGCCUCUAUCAACCUCAACUGUUCACAAUCUGAAGAAAAGGAAAAGAUGAACUCGCUCAUCAAUGACCCGGAGGCUAAGGUUUUUGCAGUCCGGUCUCUUGGCUGGGUGGAGAUAUCAGAGGAGGAGAUGGCUCCAGGGAAGAGCAGUGUGGCUGUCAACAACUGCAUCAGACAGCUCUCCUACCACAAACACAACCUGCACGACACGGCUGGGAUCUGGGGAGAGGGAAAAGACAUGCUCCUUGUUCUGGAGAAUGAGAUCUUGAACCUGAUAGAUCCGUUGGGCCAGACCUUGCUGCACACCCAGCCUAUCGUCAGCAUCCGAGUGUGGGGAGUGGGCCGGGACAACGGCAGGGACUUUGCCUACGUGGCGAGAGACAAAUUGACUCAUGUCCUGAAGUGCCAUGUGUUCAGGUGUGACACACCUGCUAAGAACAUUGCCACGAGCAUGCAUGACAUCUGCUCUAAGAUAAUGGCCCAGAGGAAGUCAUCCAAGUCCUCUCUGAACAGACUGAACACAGACCCCUCUAAACUGUCAGACAUUCCUUUCCAGGAAUUCCCUGCACCAAAGAAUGAGCUAGUCCAGCGCUUCCAGGUAUGUUACCUAGGUAACGUGCCUGUGGCCAAACCCGUAGGUAAGGAACGCUUUGGUAUGGACCUAGUUAAUGUUGCCCUCGACACAGCAAUGAAUUCCAAAGUCAAGGAAGAGUGGACGUCAGUUACUGUGAACGUGGCCUCAGCCACACUUACCAUAAUCACUGCUGAGACAGAGGAGGUUCUGUCAGAGUGCCGGGUGCGGUUCCUGUCCUUCAUGGGCGUGGGGAAGGACGUCCACACCUUUGCCUUCAUCAUGGCCGAGGGCCCCGGGGACUUCAUCUGCCACAUGUUCUGGUGUGAGCCCAAUGCAGCCAGCCUCAGUGAGGCCGUGCAGGCCGCCUGCAUGCUGCGCUACCAGAAGUGUCUGGACGCCAGGCCGCCCAGUACCAGCUCCUGCCUGCCAGGCCCGCCGGCUGACUCUGUGGCACGCCGUGUGGGCUCAAGUGUCAAGAAGGGAGUUCAGAGCCUGCUGGGCAGCUUCAAGAGGUCUGGGUCCCAGACGCCCUGAGAGGUGCCAACUAACCCACUACACACCACUCUACCCCCAGGCCAAGACCACCAUGAUAGCCAUGGCUCUCCUCACUCCUCCACUAUCUCUCUAUCACCCCCAUUCUGAGGUGUUAUCGUAGAACCUGCUUCCCUUCUCAUGGGCACUGUGGGCUGCCUGUUGGGUUGGGGUACCAGUAAACCUAGCGCUGCCCACAGCUCCUCCAUGUGUUACACUUCCUUCACUUCACCUUUGGUUGGACAAGUAGGCCAUCUUUUCACUUGUUUGUUUAAUCUGUGAAUUAUUAAAGGUCCAAUGCAGAAGUUAUCUCAAUAUCAAAUAAUUUCUGGGUAAGAAUAAAGUACUUUACUGUGAUUUGUUUUCAGGUAAAAUGGUCAAAAAUAAACAAAAACAGCUUCUUAGCAAAGAGCAGUUUCUCAAGAAUUUAGCUAGGACUGUCAGGGAGUGGUCUGAGGGGGGGGAACCGAAAAUUAAUUUUUAUCGGAAGAGAUGUUUGGAACUCUUUCUUAUUGGUCUGUUACUGAAACUGCUGGACUCUUGGACAGUGGUUUGAAUGACAGCAAGAGUUGAUUAAACUUGGUCUAAUUUACAAAGUACCAACACUAUGCUUAGGAAAACAGUUAUGUUCUGUAACAUUGUCUCUAUUUGUUUUGCAGAACAAAUAUAGUAUAUUAUUUGUGAAAAUAGAAAUGGAAGAUGUGCAAUUGAAUUGUGAAUGUGGUUGAGCUCAUGCCAUGUGCUUGUGGCACUAUCAUGUUGGUUUUCAUUUCAAAAUGGAUAUCGACUUGAAAGAAAUUAGAAACAGUGGCAUGAGAAGUCUACAUAAAAUGCAGCAUGGUGAAUGAGUGUUGAGCUGGAAGCACUAAAACAUGCUAGCUAGCUAAUAUAAUAUUUGGCAAAUAAAUAUUUUGGAUAUAUAUAGUUUGUAUAGUACAUUUGUUGUAAUGCCAUUUUGUUUUAAGUCCCCUCUUCCUUCUGGGGGAGCUGGUAAACCAGCAAGUGCAACAUUUUAUUUGUAUGUGUAUUGCAAAUUGCAGUAAAAUGUCUGUAGUUCAACUCCUCAAAUCUAAAAUGGAGAUGCAAUAUUUUUAGAGCAUGACUCAAGUUUUAGUGAAACCUCAUGUCUCAAUGAAAGCUUAGGCUAUCUGUUACUGCACUCCAAUUGGGCAGUAUGUUGGAGGAAGAUGGAAGCUUUCUAUUGUGUGGAAAUGGAUCUGAAGUUGAUUUUGUCAUCCUUUUUUUGUGAUCAGAUGUUGUAUGUUAGUCUGUUUAACCAGUUAUUUUUUAUCUGUUGAACUUUUUUUUUUUUUUACACGUGUCAAGUGUUAAAAUUGUUUUCCUUUACUCCAUUGUGUAUGUCUAAACUUGUUUUAAUUUAGUUACAUCUGAGCAGUGACGGCUAUUUAUAGCUACCCCCUUGUCCUUUCAAACUGUUUAUAAGAUCUGACAACUUUUAUGCCUCCUAAUUAAUUGGGUCUAAGGGAUGAGACACUACUGUCAUUCAUCACUGAACUUGACAGUGUCUGUCAGUAACUCACAAGUCAUUUAACUCCCACUUGUUUUUUUUAUUUCACUUUAUAAACUCCUGACUGCCCUCUGCUGGGCUUUAGAAUAGUUAUUUUUCAUUAGCAGUGUGUCUGACGACACAACAGGAGCGCGAACAAGCCUGAUGCAUUUUGUAUGUGUGGAAGUGUUCUCCUUAGCGUGCAGUAUGUGUAAAUCAUAUGAACACUUCGCUGCAGAUAAACACAUCUUUAAAAUACACUAUCCCAUAGUUGACUGACAAGAGCAUAGUCUUCCCUUUUUGUUUUUGAAUGCAAUUGGUUAAAAAUACUUUCUUUUUUUAAAUUAAAUUAUUAUAUUUUUCUAAGUGUGUGUGUGUGUGUGUGUGUGUGUGUGUGUGUAACAGCUCCUACCACUAUGUGGUCACUGUUGCAGCAGUGUUUCCAAAUCUGUAUCACCAUACUAUUUAUCCCCCUCCUUCACUUUAUUGUGCCACAUUUCUCCAGCUCUCAUCUGUUUUGGACAGCAAUUUGACCAGACAAGAAGCCAUAGGUUAGGCUUUGGCCUGGCUUUAGUUGCUCGCUCACUCUUAAGUACUGACUAAUGAAAACAGACACGUAUAUGUACAAUGUAGUUUUUUUUAGUAUGACAUUGUUUUUUUUGUAACUGAAUUUGUGCAAUUUUCAUCACGCCUAUAAUCUUUACUCCUUACUCUACACACUAAGUACUCUACACUACUUACUGUAAAUGUCAGACAUUGGUUGCCUUGUACAAACAGAGCUUCCUGCUGUUAGUAUAUCUUAUUUUUAAUUCACACUGUAAUAUUGGACCAUGCUUUGAGGCCUCAAAAGUACUAUCAAAAAUUUGUGCAUGUUGUUGCUAUACAUGUGACUGUACAUUUCACGUGUCAAAUGUUUUCCAUUUCAAUAGUGACUGUCACUGCACAUGUCCCUAAUCCACUUAUUGCUCACCUGUUUCUUUUGUUUUGCUGAGAAAUCAGUUAUAACCCAUUUAUAUAUUCAGUGUAGAUGUUAACCAGUGGGUGCACUUUGCAUGGCUGUUAUAUAAGAACUGACCCUAGCUUCUCAGAACAGGGGACACAGAGGGUCCUCAGUGUGUUUUCAGCUAUGUAAGGACAAAUAUAGGCCACGAUGGGAAGUCUGAGUACUGGUAUACGUUAGCCCUACUAACAAAAACCCCAUCGGAUUGUCAAUGUAGAUUCCUUGUUGUAAUGCUCAAGAUAUUUAGGUUGCUUUGGUGAUGUUCAAGGUUAAAUAUUUGUCUUAUUAAGGAUUAAUCAUUGCAAUAAAAAUGAGUAAUACAUGCUUUUCUUUAACUUAAGAUAAAUUAUUGAAGGAUUUACAUGUGUUGAAGAUAAGAAACUGACUUUGAUCCAAAUGUACCGCAACACUAAUAUGAUAGGGCUGUGAUCAUGUCCUCUGUCAUAGGCCAUGGAAAAUAUCUAGGUUCAGUUUUUAACAAACGUGAACUUUUAUGUCUGCCUUUUUGUUUUUCAGAUGUGUUCAGUGUGUUGUUAACCUUUCGAUGUGAGGUAUUUAUUAAGCCUUAUUAAGGAAACCUUACAAUGAAGUGAUACCUUUUUGUUCACACUCCUGUUUGUCAGCCAUGUGUAUUUUUUAGCUUCUAUUUUCUUUAAUAUCCACUGGUGACUGUAAUGCAAAAAAAGUGGUCAUUUACAUAUCUGAAGAAUGUAAAUGAGGUGUGUGUAUGUAUAUACAGUACCAAUUAAAAGUUUGUACACCUACACAUUCAAGAAUUCUUUAUUUUUACUUUUUUCUACAUUGUAGAAUAAUAGUGAAGACACACUAUGAAGUAACACAGGGAAUCAUGUAGUAACCAAAAGAGUCUUAAAUUAAUCAAAAUAUAUUUAGGCUUUUUUGAAGUAGCCAUGCUUUUCCUUGAUAGUUUGCACACGUUUGGCAUUCUCUCAACCAGCUUCACCUGGAAUGCUUUUCCAACAGUCUUGAAGGAGUUCCCACAUAUGCUGAGCGCUUCUUGGCUUCUUUUCCUUCACUCUGUGGUCCAACUCAUCCCAAACCAUCUCAAUUUGGUUGAGAUCAGGGGAUUGAGGCCAGGUCAUCUGCUGCAGCACUCCAUCACUCUCCUUGGUAAAAUAGCCCUUACACAGCCUGGAGGUGUGUGUUGGGUCAUUUUUAGUGGGACUAACAAAUGAUAAUCCCACUAAGCGCAAGCCGGAUGGGAUGGAAUAUCGCUGCAGUAGCCAUGCUGGUUAAGUGUGCCUUGAAUUCUAAGUAAAUCACAGUGUCACUGUUUCUUGGCCCAUGCAAGUCUCUUCAUCUUAUUGGUGUCCUUUUAGUAGUGGUUUCUUUGCAGCAAUUUGACCAUGAAGGCCUGAUUCAUGCAGUCUCCUCUGAACAGUUGAUGUUGAGAUGUCUGUUACUUGAACUUUGUGAAAUGCAGCCCAUUUAUUUGGGCUGCAAUUUUGGAGGCUGGUAACUAAUAAACAUAUCCUCUGCAGCAGAGGUAAUUCUGGAUCUUCCUUUCCUGUGGCGGUCUUCAUGGGAGCCAGUUUCGUCAUAGCCCUUGAUGGUUUUUGUGACUGCACUUGAAAUGUUCAGAGUUCUUGGAGUUUUCCAGAUUGACUGACCUUCAUGUCUUAAAGUAAUGAUGGACAGUUUCUCUUUGCUUAUUUUAGCUGUUCUUGCCAUAAUAUGGACUUGGUCUUUUACCAAAUAGGGCUGUCUUUUGUAUACCACCCCUACCUUGUCACAACACAACUGAUUGGCACAAACACAUUAAGACGGAAAUAAUUUGUGGCGUUUAACUUUUAACAAGGCACACCUUGUUAAAUUGAAUUGCGUUCCAUGUGACUACCUCAUGAAGUUGACUGAGAGAGUGCCAAAGCUGUCAUCAAGGCGAAGGGUGGCAAUUUGAAGAAACUCAAAUAUAAAAUAUUUUUUUAUUUUUUUUAACACUUUUUUGGUUACUACAUGAUUCCAUAUGUGUUAUCAUAGUUUUGAUGUCUUCUAUUAUUCUACAAUGUAGUAAAACAUAGUAAAAAUAAAGACAAAUCCUGGAAUGAGUAGGUGUGUCCAACCUUUGACUGGUACUGUAUACAUAUACAUGUAUGUUAAUAUUGUGUCACAGGACAAAAUAAAAAGUGGAACUGUA